CAGGCAUCCCCAGCUGCUCCACCAUGGAGGAGACGGCUCCCUCGGUGGAAACCUACGAGGCUGCCAUGGUGCUGAGCGGGGUGGGGGACGCGCUGGGGUACCGGGCAGGCCGCUGGGAAUACUGCACCUCGGGGCCCCAGAUCCACGCCGAGCUGGCCGAGCUGGGGGGGCUGGCGGCCAUCAGCCUCGAGCCCCCCGAGUGGCCCGUCAGCGAUGACACCGUCCUGCACCUUGCCACCGCCGAGGGGCUGGCCACAGGUCUGGAGGGGGAACCCCUCCUGCAGGAGCUGGCUCGCCGCUAUGUGGCCGCCAUGGGGGACAUGGAGGGACGCAAGCCCGGCCCCAGCAGCAUCCUAGGCACCUCCCAGCUGCGGCCAGGGGAGCCCGAGGGUUAUCGCAUCCCCUUCAACCCCCGUGGCACCGGCUGCGGGGCCGCCAUGCGCAGCCUGGCCAUCGGCCUCAGGUACCCACAUGCCUCGGAGCUGCCGACUCUGAUCCGAGUGAGCAUCGAGAGCGGGCGCAUGACCCACCACCACCCCACUGGGUACCUUGGAGCACUGGCAGUGGCCCUCUUUGGGGCACUGGGGGCUCGGGGUGAGCCCCCAGAGCGCUGGGGGGCUGAGCUGCUGCGGGUCCUGCCCCUGGCAUGGGACUACGUGGAGGGCACCGGGGUGGCCGUGGAGGACAAUGCUGCUGCCUGGCCAUUCUUUGGGGAGGCGUGGCACCGGUACCUGGACUCCCGCGGGCUCCUGGAAGGUCGUGGCCCGCCGCGGGUGCCACCCCUCCCAUCCCCAGCUGAGCGGGACACGGAGUACCUAGGCUGGGCACUGGAGGGGUGGCCAGGGCGCAGCGGCCAUGACGCACCCAUGGUGGCCUUGGAGGCCCUGCUGGCAGCUGGCGGGAGCUGGGAGGAGCUGUGCGCCAGGGCAGUGCUGCACGGCGGGGACAGCGACUCCACGGGGACCAUCGCUGCCGGCUGCUGGGGGCUGCGGGCCGGCCUGGCCUCCAUCCCGCCGGGGCUGCACCGCGGCCUGGAGCACCGCGGGCGGCUGAGCGACGCUGCCCGCCAGCUCCAUGCGCUGGCCUGGGGGGGACACUGAGCGCCCCUGCGUCCCUGCUAGCUGUCACCUGGCUGUCCCUGUCCACGGAAAGCUCCUGGGGUUGCCAGGGCACAGCAGAGACCGGCAUGGGGUCACAGAGGGGCUUGGGAGACCCUUGGGUGAAGCAGGGUGAGAGGAAUGACAAGAUUUGUCUUUACAAACUAGCCCUGGGUCUGCUGGUAGAUAAAACUAGCACUGAGAGAUAAGAGAAACAGUGGGAAGGAUUCUGAUGUUUGAUGGAUGGAAAAAAAAAAGAUUUGCCUUUACAUACAAACCAUAGGUUUGUUUAUAAAUGAAAUUGGAUACUGAAAGAUGAAAGUAACAAUGGGGAAAACCCAUAAAUCCCGUAAGAACUGAAAAUUAGGGGUGGUUAUACAUUAAAAGGGGAAUCUUAGGUCUUAGGCAUUUCGGGAAGUCUGUAUCUCUCAAGUACCUCAGCCAAUGGGGAAAGAGAGGGAAACGCGGCCGGGAAAUCAGGAUAAAAAGGAGGCUGCAUCCUCCGAAAAACUGAGAGACCCCAGGAGAAAUCCCCCAUGGCCUCUCCCUUUAUUCGAAUAAAGUGAAAGGACUCCUCUGUCUCCUUUUUGGACAUAAA